CUAAUGCUUCUUUCCGGACAUGAUUACUUGGUGCACAAAUGAGUCCACAGCGUAGCUUCUAGCAAUGACGUUGAAACCUUUUAAACGAACUUAUCUAAUUGACUUUUCUGCAGUUUUUUAAUCUUUUGGACUUUUGUGCAGGUUUUAAAACAUUCCAAUUCUACCCCACAGACCCCGGAAAAACACAAUUGUGAAGUCAAGGACAACAAACGUCUUCUUUGGACUGGACGUGAGUCAUCUGUUCUAGCAGCUUCCUGGUAAAUCUCAACACUUUAUUUGCUAUGAGAUUGGCUCCACCAUGUCCCUGCACAGCCGUGUCCAUCCAUGGAGGGUGCUGAAUUGCAUCCAGCAGCAGAUCUUCCAGCGCCACCUGAUCAGUCCUUUGUCUGUGCCAAGUAGAACCAUUAUCCAUGGCCCAUACAGACGUCCCGGCAUGCCCAGAGAAAACAAACCUCCGUGGCAGUACAUCAACUUUAACUUCUCCAAAGGUUUAGAGGGCAUCAAGAAGCAUUUUACCCUGCUGAAAAAGGAGUUCUUCGACAACUUGGUGGGUCCGGAGGGGAAGCCCCUUAUUGAGCACAUGAAGGAGCAGAACCAACUGAUUUGGGAGUUCCGAGGCCCAGAGAGCCUGGAGCAGUGGAUCGUGUCGUCAGACGUUGAGAUCGGAGGCAAAAGUGAGGCCUAUUUGAAAGUGGGCAGAAACAACAACACCUGUUUGCUCUACGGGACUCUGAGGUCUACGCCCCCCAAAGAUGGAGAAACACGCUACAGCGGAUACUGCAGCAUGCGCUCCAAGCAGCCCCUGGCCUCUUUUGAUAGGAAGAAACACUACGACUGGACAAAUUUCAACACGCUGCACCUCAGAGUGCGUGGCGACGGCCGCCCGUGGUUGAUCAACAUCGCCACUGAAACCUUCUUCUCCCACCAGAAGGACGACCUUUACAACUACUUCCUGUAUACCAGAGGAGGACCCUACUGGCAGGACAUCAAGAUUCCCUUUUCAAAGUUUUUCCUAUCACAUCGUGGAAGAAUUCAAGAUAAUUAUCAUGGUCUGUCGUUGGACAAGAUCAACACGUUGGGCUUCACGCUGGCAGAUAAAGCGGACGGUCCCUUCGAGCUGGAGAUCGAUUAUAUCGGCGUCUUCAAAGAUUACGCUCACACGGCGGUGACUGACUACGAGCUGCACAAGAGGAACCCGCAGGUUCCCUGACCACAGCUGACUCUCACACUUGCAUGUUGGUUGAUGUCAAACACGACAACACAUUUGUGUUAAAUCCACACUUUUUAUUUUGAAAAAAGCAACAUUCAGACAGUGUAUUUUUUACUUUCCCAAACACAAGUUCAAACUAAAUGCUUUCUAAUUGGCCACCCAAUGACUAAAAGCACAGAAGCUAAAAUGCAAACAAGCUGCUGCUACCUAGUGAGAUCAAUAAAAUAUGAUAUUUACAAAAAGACUGCUUUAAAAACAUUUACGUCAUCACAAGGCCUCUUCGAGCACACAACAUUGCAGACUUCUUUUGCUUGCGAUCUUCUGCUUGUUUCACUUGCCUCUCGUCCCUUCUGGAGGCAGGAUUCAAGAAUGCAGCCGUUAUUUACAGGACUCAUUAGCAAAAUAUUCACUAAUCAUUUAGGCCUGGGCUGAUACAGUUUGUGAGACAAAUUAUUGGCGAUAAAUGAUACUGUUAGCAUUAUUUUGAGAUCCAAUUAACCACUGAUGAAAUGAUAAAUGAUGUAAGUACCGUAUUUUUCAGACUAUCAGUUGCAGUUUUUUCAAGUUUCACAAGCGACUUGUGUGAAAUUAAAACAUUACCGUAAAGCAGGGGUGUCCAAAAUGUGGCCCGCAGGUCAUUUUUUUACUGGCCUCACAGCCCAGUUUAAAAUACGAUUGAAAAAAAAAAAAAAGUUAAAACAUAAAAAGUGUAAUGAAAGAGCAAACAGGUGGAAUGUAACAAUAAAAUGUUGCAAUGUUUACUCGAAUAACACAAAGCUGCCAUGCAGGCUGUUUCUUUCUUAAAAAAAUAAUAAUGAAUCAAAAUCUAUGUCCGUAUGAAUUAUUGACCUAUUCAAGGCUCCCAAAAAAUCACAUUAAAUAUUUCACUUUGAGAUAUUUUUGGGGGAAAAUUUGCAUGUUUUGUUUCCCAUUUACAACAACAAUAAAACUUAUAAUUAACGGAUAGAUCUGAAGGUGAUCUCGAUAUUAUUAUGUUAAAAGAGUUAAAAAAAAAAAGAUGAUUCAUGUUUUUAAACACUUCAAUGAGUAGGACCCUUUUUUGAUCCCAAUAAUUUGAAUGUGAUUUGUUUUUAAAAUCAAUGGUGUUAUGAGUAAUUGACCUUUUUAAGGCUCCAAUUCUCAUGUAAUCUCAAAUAUUCCACUUGAAAAUUUCAUUGGGUGAAAAUAUUGCAUAUUUUAUGUUUUUUCCAUAAAAAACAGGGGUUUCUUUGACAAAAAGAGCAUACAACUUAAAUCUUUAAAAAUGUUAUAUUGACAGAAUGACCUAAUGUUGAUCUAGACCAGGGGUAGGGAACCUAUGGUUCUAGAGCCAGAUGUGGCUCUUUUGAAGACUGCACCUGGCUCUCAGAUAAUUCUUAGCUGACGUUGCUUAACACGAUAAUGAAUGAAUAAUUCCACUGGUAAUCACAGUGUUAAAAAUAACGUUCAAAAUAUAAAACAUUCUCAUGCAUUUGAAUCCAUCCAUCCGGUUUCUACCGCACCUGUUCAAGAAGCCGCAUUAAUGGUCAAAAGGAAAUAUACUUUGAUAUAACCGCGUCGUUAUUAUUAAAUGUGCUCAAAAAGUACUCAAACACACUGAAAUCUUUCAACAAAGAUGUUUUUUAAAUAACAAAUAAAUAUAAACACGAUAUACUUUUGGCAGAGGAAACAUUAAAUAUUGUCUGGCUUCAUAAGAGCCAUCACUUUUAUUUUUGUGUUUAAGUAGGUUUAUCUUCGUCCAUUUUAUUUUUAAACAUUUUAGAAUGUUUUUUUACUAAAGGCAAAUUGGGCGAUCACUUCAGGUGGAUGUGACCUCACUUCCUGUUGAGUCUUUAUGUUCAAUGUGAAUACUGUGACUUAGUUGUUUAGAUAGUAACACGCUUGAAGAAGUUUAGAUAUUGUCUCUUGUUAGCAUUUAGGCCAGCAAGCUAAAUCAGGUGCAAGGGUGUCAAAGUCAUUUUAGCUGAGCAUGGAGGAAAAUGUGUGCACACGCGGGCCGGACUGUUAAAGUCCUGGCAUUAAAACUAAAAAAUAAAGACGGUAAAGUUUAGAUCCAUUAAGGAAAUAAAGUGAAUGAAUGUUUAAAACUGAAUAAAUUCACAUAUGCAUAAAAA